CCAUCAAGCUAUCAGAACUCACCCAAAUCUUCAACUGUAACGAUCAAUCCGAUCUCCACCCAAACAACAAUCAUGAAGUGCAUCGCAGCUGUAGUCAUGAUGGCUUUGGCCGUUGUUGCUGAGGGAGGUUACGUCCCAUUGGCCUACUCGGCUCCUCACACCACCGUUGUCCAGCAGAACGUGGCCCCACGGUACGUCGCUUCGGUUCCGGUGACCUACGCCGCUGCUCCGUACACCACCUACGCCGCCGCUCCAGUUGCCUACUCUGCCUACUCCGGAUACACCGCCCCAGUGGCCACGACCUACGUCCAGAACUCCGUCGUUCCCCAGUAUGCCGCCCCGGUGGCCUACGCUGCUGCCCCGGCCGUCCGUUACUCCGUCGACUCCGAGGUCGUUGAGGCUACCCAAGUUGUGGCCCCAGCUGCCACCGUUGUUGCCCAGCCCGCCGUGGCCGUGUACGCCCAGAAGGAAGCUCGCUAUGUGGCCGCCAACCGUGGAGCCGUCCAUGAUGCUCCACUCGCCGGACAUGCCGUGUCCCAGCAGUCGCUGAACCUGGAACCAGCUGCGGGAACCCUGUAAAGCGAUUGCAUCUAAGCUACCUGACCAUACCUACAAAUCUAAAUCAAGUCAUCACUAAUCCAGAAUCCGGUCGAGUUCAAUAAAUGUAGUUGUACAAAUCA